GCGGUCAUUUAUAAACUAGACCUACCAAAUUUUGUUUACAGGUGUUGAAGAGUAAUGUGUUUACAUUACAGUGUUAUGUACUAAAACUACAUAUUGCAAUACAUAUAUGGAUGAAAUGGAUGAAGUCACAAAGAUUGCAGAUGAUGUUGGAAGUAAGAAGAAACCCAAGCUGAAAAGAAUUGUGAAGAAGAAGCCAAAGUUUCAUCUUAAUUCAUCAAUAAACUCGAGUGUUUAUGCCAAAAAUAUUACCAUGCAUAAAAACAGUAUCAUGAACACAUCGGUUGUCAAGGCUACCCUGCGUGCCAACAACAAGGCGCUGGCCCAGUCUCUGGAGAAGGUGCGCCUUGACCUGCGGAUGGCCAAUGAGAUAAUCAUGAUGGAGAAGAAGGAGAAGCAGGAGCUACAGCAGCGAGUGGCCACACUGUCCAGGGUGGCCGGGCUCAAAGAUGAACAGUUCGAGAUCGAAGCCAAUCGCAGGAUUGAGGCCAAGCUGCAGCAUCUGAAAUCUCUGCUACACCAGACGAGCCAGCACCUGUUUGAUGGUGGGAUGUGUAUCCAACAAGCCAUGGAAGACUGCUUCUCUUCGCGACUUUCCAAUGGCUCAGAGCCCAGAGGUUCAUCAGUUGGCUUCAUAGCAUCCGACGAUGAUCGGUCACCAAUGCCCAGUCGAAGCAAAAGGGAAGUGGUCUAUCGACCCUCUCUCAUGAACAGCAGUCCUCCUUCAAGGGAGGACGUGAGCAGCACAGCAGAAAAGGACUUGGACACUGUUGAAACCGACAGCGUGAGCCGGGUUGAAAUGAGUAUGAUCUUGGAGCAGUCCAUGAUAAACGCUUCACCUCUUCGGUGUCUCGCAAGUUCCCUGCCUGCUGUUUUGGAGUCUGGUGUUAAUGAAAGUGUAACUGGGAUAAUAGCCAAGGAAAAACGAGACUACGGCAUUCCCAAGCGAGUGUUAAAGUCGGAUCAUAAACAAAUGACUGACACAUCUUCCAAACAAGAUGUCCACAAGGCAGAUAUGGAAAUGGUUGUUCCACGCAGUAGUGAUGUGCUAAAGGAAACAGUAGAGCAGAUGGAACUGACUACGAAUGCGGAAACAGCUGUCAAAAUUGCAGACACCUUGUGCACAGAUAAGAGGAAUGCACAAGAAUCAAUUGUAAAAAACCCAACUCCAUUGACAGACGGCGAGACUCAACAGAAACUCCGACGGGGAACAUUUAUCUUAUCAUCACCAACUUGUCAUGCUACUGUAUCUGGUACGGAAAAGAAUAUUGACAGACGAGGGACUUUUAUUCUACCGGCAUCUACCGCUGAAACUACUGAUGACAACAAGAAGUUAUCCUGUAAUACUGCAUCUGUAGAUGUCCCCAACAACAAAAGAGAAACUUUCUGUGUACGUAAAGUGCGCUCUAACGGCAAUGAUGCAAAACAUUUGGAAAGUGAUGAGAGGGGAAUAGAUACAUCUGAGACAUUGUGUGAUGACCAAUCGGUUUUUAAACAGCCCAACACAGUUGUUUCUCAAUCAGUGUGUUCUGACGAAGGUGUUUUUAAACAGCCCAAUGCAUUCAGCGUUUCUAAAGCACCAUGUAAGGGCAAAUCCAGUACUAAACUGCCUAUCGCAUCUGCUACUUUCCAACCAUCACUUAACGACAAAGCCAUUUUCAAACAACCAAGUGUUGUUAGUGACGAAUGUUCUGUUGGUAACGGCCCAGAUGGGGCAGAUGAAAAUACGAUAUAUUUUAACAGUGACAUGGAGUUGACUGGAGUUAUUGAUGUUACCGCGCUGUCUCAGUCUAAUUCCGAGAUGAACAAUCCGGCAGAAAAGAAAAGCAAACCCCCAGUUUGUUUAAGACUGUCUAAACCGGGGAAGAUCACCUUUGCAGCAUCUAGGAAGGAAAACGAUGGCACAAGAAAGAUUAUCCCAUCCAAAUUACCAUCUAAGGUCCGGUCGAAGUCUAAGUUACGACUGCUCAAGCAAGCCAUCGCUACGGACAUGUCAAAUCCAAAGAAUAUAUUUGAUUUUCACGACAAGACGCCCAGUCAUCUUCAAGAGAAGUCAUCCGUGUUUGACGUUUCUUUGAACGAGUCUGUAACAGCCACGCAGACCACUGUUGACGGAUAUAAAGAAAGACUACUGAAACUUAAGGCUAAAGCUACCAGUAGGAAGUCAAGUGAUGCAGAAACAAAAGCAACACACAUUAACAGUAAAAGCAAGGACUCUGAAGGUGUGAGUCGAAUCACGAUUGAGGAUGGUUCUCAAAAUGAUGAUGACAAUAAAAGCAAAGAGAAGGUUAAGAAGCUACGGACCAAAAAGAAGGUGCAGAUUGAAGCACUUGAAGAUGUGGAAAAACCUGAGAAUGAUGGCAGUUCCAGCAGAAAGUCGACGGUGAAAGUCAGCCUCACAGGUACAGAGGAAACCGAUGGCGGUGGAUUACAGUCUGGUAGUCAGAAGAACAGUAACCAGACACACACCAAGGACUCGGCAGACGACACUGAGCGAAACGGAGACUCAGACCCGCCAGUAAAGGAGAGGAGCAGGAAAUCUCAAACAAAAACAAAGACGCAGACUGUAGAAUCUACUGACGAUACGAGUCAUACAGAAGUUAGCUCUUCCAACAGAAAGUCUUCACAUAAGAAUAGUCUGUCUGAACAAGCUCUUUCUGGAGACAUGUUGGACAGCAAUGAUAAGUGUGUAUCUGAGGAGGAUAAAGCUGGUUCUCGAUAUAACACAAAGGAUGGGAACAAGGAGCUCAUCACGAGAAAACCACAGGCAACGAAACCGGCAACAUCAUUGACUGUGGCAACGGUUAAACUCCUUUCUGAUGCAUGCCCUGUUUACAGUUUACCAUUGAAGGGUAGCCCAGCUCUGAAAGAUUCAUCUCAGUCAGUUAGUAAGAGAAGAAAGAGUACGGCCGAGUCUUCAAAAGCGACAGGCGGCGACACUAGACGUACGCGAAGCCGUAGCCGCAAACGAGUGGAUUACACGGAAGUAAGUUCUGACGAGGAGUUUCAGUCCAGCAGUGCAGUGAGACCAAAACAAAGUCCGGAGAAAAAACGCAGGCCUCGGUCUCGUGGCAGGACCCUGAAGAAAAGCUUGUCAAAAGUACGCAGUGAAAGCGGGACCAUGGUCGAUGGCAGUGAUGUUGAGUCGGCACAGAGUGAAAGGGUAAAUGAUGAAUGCGGAGAACAGAACACUGAAUUGCAUGUGAAAAGCAGGUCAAAUCUUUCAAGGGUAGACAUCGAAUCUAGUUCCACCUGUAAACAGCCUGGCACGGAAACUGGGGGAACUGAAAUCAUGCUGCUUCCCGAUCCAGAAGUUUGCAGUUCACCACUGAAGGACGGUCCAGGACGACUGAGAAAUCGGAGCAGAUCUUUACACAGUUUGGUAACGAGACGCACUCGUAGUCAGAGUCGUAAACGGGCUGUCCCGCUUGAACAUACACUGUCUGAUGAAGAUACCGACAACAGUUCACAACCAGGCAAUGUAGAUGCAUCACCACAAGGUCCUGCAGCAGACAGAUCUAAAGCUCGUUCUCAUGGGAGGUCACGGAGAAAAAAAAGCUUGACUCGAGGUGGAGUAAGAGUAAAUGAUGACAACACAUCAUCGCAGAAUGAAGAGUCCUCAGAGGUGGUGAAUACAACAGAUUCUGAACAGAACAACAGGCCAAGAACUGUGACAGACACAGAAUCAGGCAAGACUGAUGAACUGGUGACAGAUGAACUGAAGAUGAGUGUUCCAUUUACCAGCUCGGUUUACAGUCUGCCACUGAAGGGUAGUCCAGAGGGUUCAGUCGGCUCAACAGCUUCAGGCAGACGGUCAAGAGGUUGCGGCGCUGUAUCCAGAUCAGCAAGUCGGAGCAGAAAAAAGUCGCACGUUGAUGAAGCCUACAGAAGUCGCAGUCGAAGUGGUAAACAUGCUGUCCCUCCUCAAACCACAGACACCACCUCUGAUGACGAGAGUAGCAAGUGUUCACAGCCAAGCAGUGUAGCUGGGUCACCAAAAGGUGCAGAGAAAUCCAAGGCUAGGUCUCGUGGCAGGUCGGUGAAAAGACGAAGUUUGUCGAAGACUCGUAGUAAGAGCAAAAAGAGACUUGUCAGUGAUACCAAGGGUAAUGACGCCUCUUUGGAAACAACACUUACUUCAGUGUGUGGAGGUGUAGAAGAAAGUGCUUGUUCGGAAGCUGAAGGUAACAAGAGUAAAGAAAAUAAGAGAAGACCAAAGGCGUAUGUCAUAAAGAAGAAACCUGAAGCCCUGGCUUGCAGGAAGACCACUUCGAAGGAAUCUCAAGAAAUUUUGGCCAAGCACUCUGACAGUUUUGCCAAGAAGAGAUCGGUGAUGAACUUUUUGACAGUUCUUGACAAAGACGAAAACUCAAAUACAGACUCACUCUCCAACUCUGAUAGUCCUGGUAAUAAAGUUAAAACAAAAGGUGUAGCUGAUACUUCUGACAGACAAAAGAAUGUGAAGAUGACUGCAGUGAAAGGCUCGAAGAAAGCCAAGCAGUCAUUGGAUUCCCCGAGUAAGUGCAUGAAACAGCCAAGUCGCGGGGUUCCGUUCAGAUGGACGCCGCAGGUCAGUCCUCGGGCCACAGUGUCUCUACGGGUCAGUCCUCGGGCCACAGCUUCUCUGCGGGUCAGUCCUCGGGCCACAGCUUCUCCACAGGCUGGGGAAACGCACAAAGACAGCAGCUCCGGUAUUAGGGACAACCAAGUUCGACAGAGUUCCAGCCUUGAGAUUCUGAAGCGGAAGUUGGCGCAAAUGAAGAACCACACGAAUGAGGAAAAUAAUUCUGAAAAUAAUGAAGAUGCCAAGCGAAGUCGACGUGCUGCAGCUGUGGUUGUUAAUUACAAGAUGCCAAGUUUAACUGUUAAGAUGAGGCAAGGUGAUCGCGGAACAUCCUCUCUGUAUGAUGGUGUCUCAAAAUCAGUUUUCAAAAUUUCACCAACAAAAACUGGUGUUACAGUGCAGCAUAAACCCAUGGUUGAUGUGACGAACACGUCGUGAUGAAGAUAUGAGUAAACGAAGAAAGGAAAAGUGCGUCUCACGUACACAGAGUUUACUGUAUAUGUGGGCUUUCUUGGUGUGGAUUCAUGGAAUAUUGAACUUUAUAUCAGUUCUGUUUAGAAAUCUCUGUGUCCAUCUCGUGAAAGGAGUAAGAUUAUGCUGACACAUAUACUGAUAUGAACUAUAAUAUAUCAAAGUGGUUCACAAAGUACUUAACACGUGGGACUGGGGGUGUCAGGGGAUGUUUUCCAAAUUAUAUGAGGGAACACAAAACAAACACCUUUUUAAAAAAAUAAUGCUGGCAAAAUUAUGUUAUGUUCACACUGAAAGUAUGUUUGGGAUUAAAGCAUUCAAUAAUAUUUGAAGGGAGGUUGGUCUUAGUGUUAAAUAAUUAUGAUGGAGGGGGUGGGUAGUGUUAAAUCAUUUAACACUUAUGAUGGUGGAGGAGGGGAGAUUGUGCUUAGUGUUAAAUCAUGGUGUGGGUGGGGGAAGCGAUUGGGUGUAUUUACAAGCUGAAAGAAUACUCAUUUAUUGUUUACAACACCAGACAUUUAAUUCACUAAAAUGUCAUAUAUGCAUUGAAGUUAAAAUGGCCUUGAUAUUUCACUAUAUUAUGAAUGUAGUCUUUUUCUUCUUCUUUUUUUUCCUCUUUUAAUUAGCAGCUUCAAAGAAAUGACAUUGUGUCACCAUAUUUAUUGAUGUUUGUCCAGACAUCUGUACAUGCAUGCAUGUGCACACACAUACAGACAUAUUACAUGUACAUAGAUUUUUCAUGUAUAUAUUUGUACAGGUCUCCAUGCAUACAUUUGUCUUUAUGUAGACAUUUUUUCUCUGCACAUUUUUAAUGAAUAUUCAUAUGUUUGUCUUGAACACAUUCAUAUAUUUAUCUUCAUGCAUAUACCCGUCUUCAUGCAUACAUUCAUAUAUUUAUCUUCAUGCAUACCUGUACCUGUCCAUACUGUUCAUACAUUACUAUUUUCAAUUUUGUGUACAGUGUAGAAAUGUGUAGUAUAACUGGUAUACUGAUCUACCGCAAUAUGCAUUUUUAACAAUACAUAACGCAAUAUUUUCCUAGCAUACUGGUACAUGUAUAUUGCACUUAAUUAUUUUGUAUGUGUAUUAGUAACACAUACAUUUUCAAAGAAAAACAACCAAUUUAAGA